CGCGAGCUACACUAGACCUAGUUUGGAGAGUGUUGUUAGUCUCCGCCAUGUUGCGAUCAAGCGCGAUUCGCGCGCUACUCAUACGCGACUUGCCAAAUUUAAGCAAACAAAAUACUUUGAUUUUGCCGAAAUGUUAUUCGGUGAGUGCUUCAGCUGCAACCGCAACUGCAGAUUCAGAUACAUCAUAUCAGACCGUUGAAUAUGCAAACGCCAAACCAUACGAUUCCAUCCCAGGACCUCCAGCAUAUCCGAUUAUCGGAAAUGCAUGGAGAUUUAUUGGCGGAGUUGAUUUUUUAAAAAUAUGCAAAGAAAUGCAGACAAACUAUGGCGAUGUGGUAAGAAUGCGUAAAAUGGUGGCAUUUGGUGAUAUGACCUUCGUAUUCAACACCCGUGAUAUGGAGUACAUGCUCCGCAAUGAAGGCCAAUGGCCGCAGCGCGAAAAUCUUAAAUCCAGCAUGUACUAUCGCCAUGUUGUACGUAAAGAUAUUUUCGGGGACACUCAUGGUUUGCUCAACGGACAAGAUGAAAAAUGGGGCACGUUCCGAACUGCAGUCAAUCCCAUUAUGAUGCAGCCACGUGUUACCCAUCAAUACAUUCCACAAAUCAACGAAAUCGCUGACGAAUUUAUUGGUUUAGUAAAAAAUUUGAAAGCGAAAGAUCCCAAUGGUGAAAUGCCUGCAAAUUUUAUUGAUCAAUUGAAUAAAUGGGCUUUUGAGUCUAUUACCGCCAUUGCUCUGGAUUAUAGACUGGGAGUAUUGGCGGAGAAACCAAGCGAAAGGGCCGAGAAAGCAAUGAAUUACAUUUUGGAUAUAUUCCGACUUUCAUUGAAGUUGGACAUCAUGGUGACCGGUCAUUUUCACAGAAAGUUUAACUCACCUUCAUGGAGGCAGUUUAUUAAAUGCUCGGACUUUUUCACUAAUAUGACAUUGGACCUUAUCGAGGAGGCCAAACAUAGAAUCGAAAACGAUCCGAACUACGCGAAAAAAUCAGAAAAUGAAAAGUCUGUCUUUGAAAAAUUGGUCGCUAAGGAUAAACAAGUUGCAAUGGUGAUGAUUCUGGACAUGAUGCAAGCUGGUAUUGACACUACUUCCAGAAUAAGUGGUGCUACUCUUUACUACCUCGCAAGAUAUCCAAACGCUCAGGAGAAACUACGAGCUGAACUUAAGCGCCUUCUGCCAAAGAAAGACUCACCAAUUACCAAGGAAACUCUUGAUGAAGCAAAGUAUCUGCGAGCGUGUAUCAAAGAAUCCCUAAGAUUGGCGCCCAUUACUUUUGGCACGCUUCGCAUCAUGACUAAAGACAUUGUCCUUGGUGGUUACCAGAUUCCCAAAGGAAGUAUUGUUACUCUACCCAAUCUUUACUUGUCUAAAUCUGUGGAUACGCAUUUUUCAAAUCCGAGUGCGUAUAUUCCCGAGCGGUGGUUGCGAGGUGUGAAAACUGAAAAUGUGAAUGCGUUUGUUACGCUACCUUUUGGAUUUGGUGCUAGGAGUUGUAUUGGCAAGCGGAUGGCCAGCAUGGAGAUUGAGGUUGUUAUUGCGAAGAUGGUGCGCAAUUUCAUAAUGGAGUGGAAACACAAAGAGAUGGGUUUCAAGCAAGACAUGCUGUAUGGUAUUGCGGAUCCGCUGAAGAUACGAUUGAGUGAUGCUAGUGAUUAAUUAUAAUUUUAUUCUAUUUUUCGAUACGUUUUUGUGUAAUUUUUAAAUAAUUGGUAAUACAAUUUAUAAUCUGAUUGGUCUGCGAAGAAUAAAGAUAUAUGGUAUUCUAAA